GCAGCAUUAUGCGCAUGCGCAGAAUGGGAAUCUGGAGUGCUGUUAUAAAGGGUUUUUUGGUAUCUGGAGCGUUAUUGAGAAGUAGUUUCAGCUAUGUAUCGGUACAGCGGGGCUAUCGCAGCUGUUUGGCUGUCUGUGUGUUCGUGAACAUGCUCCAGGUUCGGCUUCGUGCCUCCCUCUCUGCUGUCCAGAAUAAGCGAACCGACACCAAUGCUUAGGCUGAACAGGACUGCGGUUCUGGUCCUGCUUGGAACCACCAGUCUCCUGUUUCUGCUUUUCCAGCUCUAUUACUACAGACACUAUCUGUCAAAGCAUGGGACACACGCCUCCUAUGAUAAAUCCAUCCAACUGGACAGUGGACAACACCUGCAGGUAGUGAAGAAGUUCCUGGAUCUGAUUUCCCGGUACAGCCUUGCCGUCUUCCUGGUUGACGUAGCCACGUUGGGCCGCCUGUCUCAGCGCCCUGCACAGCCGAGGGGGAGUCAAGCUAAUGAGCAUCACUGCAGCCUUCUCUGCUCCAGCAGGGGGUUCACCACCUUUGCCAUGCUGGCAAAAUUUUGGAAGUAUGAUGCCAGUCUUGCGAAGACGGCAUCAGAACUUGGGUUGGAGCUACUUGAAAUUCAAGGCAAAGACCCUCGGCUUGUGGGCCUGGACGACCUCUCCAGCACUGAGAUUCCCCUGCACCUCCUCUUCCGCUCCAGCCAACACCUAGUCCACCUUGUGGUCUUCUACGAGCGCAGCGGGAAUUAUCUGUGGCACGGCGCACUGCGGCUUAAACCUGGCAUGGACAGGGAGUUCGCGCCGUUCCGGAGGCUUGACUUUGGCCGUCAGGCCGGAGCAUUUGACAGACCCGAGCUGGUCCUGAGCUCUCUGGAUGGCCUGGAUGUGUGGAUCCCCAAGAACGUCUCACGCUUUCUGAUUGAGCACAGCCAAUCACGCUUCUUGGAGUGCAGAUACAAGGGUGCGCGGGCCUUCUACCAGCUGUACCCUGAUGACACCUCCCCAGAGUCCAUGGAGUUCAGGAUGAAGGCCAAGACUCUACUCCAUCUGGCAGCACAGGUCCUAACCGGCCUGGGGGUUCCUUUCUGGCUGAGUAGUGGCACAUGUCUGGGCUGGUUUCGUCAGUGCAAUGUGAUACCUUACAGCAAGGAUGUUGACCUGGGUGUCUGGAUAAAGGACUACAAGCCAGAAAUCAUUCAGGCCUUUCAGACCUCUGGCCUGCCUCUCAAGCACAAGUUUGGAAAGGUAGAGGACAGUCUGGAGCUCUCUUUCCAGGGGCAGGACGUAAAGCUGGACAUCUUCUUCUUCUAUGAAGAAGGUGACAUUGUGUGGAACGGCGGCACGCAGGCCAAGAGCGGCAAGAAGUUCAAGUAUGUUUUUCCGAGGUUCAGCCUGUGCUGGACCGAGCUCCUGCAGCUCAGAGUACGGGUCCCCUGUGAGACUCUGGAUUAUGUGGAGGCCAACUAUGGCCCAACCUGGAAGAUCCCAGUCAAAACAUGGGACUGGAAGAGCUCACCAGCUAAUGUGCAGGAAAAUGGGGUGUGGCCAGUGAGGGAGUGGAACGAGGUCAUCCAGGUGUACUGAGUGUCAUGGUGUUCAGUAGAGUGCUGUAAAUAAAGUCAUGUAGUGGUUUCUCUUUUCAGUACGUUACGUAUCCCACACUAAGUUUAAAGUUGUCAGUGUUGAGUUUUGUGUGUAUAUGAAUGUAUUUUCGUUUAGGUCUCAGAUUAAAAAAGGGAUUCCAGG